AAUAUGUUAGCUGAUUUUAACGCACAGACGUGAAUUCCCAGGCUGUUGCGUGUGCACUUGGUUACGACUGGAAUUUCCCCAGAAAACGACGUUUUAUUUCUCGUUUUAUUUCUUCUCUCUCCUGGUGUGACACCGGCGAAGAAAAAUGACACCGUCGUCUGGGUAAAAUCUUGAAGAAAUGAUGUCGAAUUCGCCGGGACAGAUUUAAUUUGAUGUCACGCGCCGCUCCUCGGAUGCAGUAAUGAAAUCUGAGGCGAUUCCGUUAGCCAGUCAACGCAGUUGCUAUGUAACGUUAGCUAGAGUUUUAACUUAAUAACACUGUUAUGGUUGUGUAUUUUUUAACUUUAUCUUCCGAAAGCUUUAUCAUAUUAUUUAGGUUUUUAUAUAUCAAUGAUAACACAUGAGUUUGACGUUAAGGUUCAGCGAGAUGUCAGCUAGCUAGUUAAUGAGUAAAUCUACAUAGAUACAUAACUAGCAUAGCUGCCGAGUUAGCUGGUCAAAUCCUUAGUUAAACAGAAUAACUAGCAUAGCUGCCGAGUUAGCUGGUCAAAUCGUUAGUAAAACAGAAUAACUAGCAUAGUUGCCGAGUUAGCUGGUCAAAUCGUUAGUAAAACAGAAUAACUAGCAUAGCUACUGAUUUAACUGGUCAAAUCCUUAGUAAAGAGAAUAACUAGCAUAGCUGAGUUAGAAUAACGGACUAGUUACUCAGCUGAGGAAGGCACUUGGUUUUGCGUGUUAAGUUUACAAUCCAGUCAAUUUAUUUUUCACUUGCACAAGACUAAUCAAUAGUGAAUAAGUCAUUCCAGCGACUAUGCUAGCAGUCUGACUCAGAUUAGGGUGAAGAAAAUCGUGCUUUGACACUUUGACUCUGAGUUUCAGGAAGUUUGUAAUUGAGGCCCUGUUUGAGUUCUAGCCGAGAUUUGUGGCAGUCCAGCAGGGAGUCGGUUGGCUGUCAUCUUUCUGACCGACUCUUAGGAUUAUUUAUCAUCUUAAUAACUCUGACUCAACAUGAAGAACUUCACAGCCAAAGCAAAGAUGUGAACUGGAACACGGCUGACCUUAACAUGGCGUGACUUUGCUGCCCCGGAGGCCGAAAUGUUCCAGAAAUAAAGAGUUCAUUUCUAAGGAAUCUGGUAUUUGUGGACAUGUUUAUGGAUCUGUCUACAUCCAGCGUCUAGGUCUCUAUCAUUGGUCUUGUUUUUGAGAGCCGUGUUUGUGUGUAAACAUGGGAGAAACCAGCCUGAACGACUCGAACGUCAAGGUGGCCGUCCGUGUCCGACCCAUGAACCGGAGAGAAAAGGACUUGAACACAAAAUGUGUGAUCGAGAUGGAAGGGAACCAAACCUUCCUCCAUCCAGCGAGUGGGAAUCUGGGAAAAGCCGACUCGAGCAGGAGUCAGCCCAAGGUUUUCGCAUACGAUUACUGCUUCUGGUCCAUAGACGAAUCAGAAAAGGAAAAAUAUGCAGGACAAGACAUGGUGUUUCAGUGCCUCGGGGAGAGUCUGUUACACAACGCCUUCCAGGGAUACAACGCUUGUAUCUUUGCAUAUGGGCAAACCGGCUCGGGGAAGUCGUACACAAUGAUGGGUUCGGCUGACCAGCCCGGUCUGAUCCCCCGGCUCUGCAGCUCACUGUUUGAGCGCACGCUGCAGCACCAGCGAAAGGAGGAGAGCUUCACCGUGGAGGUCUCUUACAUGGAGAUCUACAACGAGAAAGUUCGGGACCUCCUCGAUCCUAAGGGGAGUCGUCAGGCUCUGAAAGUACGAGAACACAAAGUCCUGGGACCUUACGUGGAUGGACUCUCUCGACUCGCCGUGGCGUGCUACAAGGACAUCGAGUCCUUAAUGUCCGAGGGGAAUAAAUCUCGCACCGUCGCGGCCACCAACAUGAACGAAGAGAGCAGUCGCUCCCAUGCCGUUUUCAAAAUCAUCCUCACACACACACUUCGUGACCUGCAGUCAGGGACCAGUGGGGAGAAAGUGAGUAAGCUGAGUUUGGUGGAUUUGGCUGGAAGUGAGAGAGCAGCUAAGACCGGUGCGGCUGGUGAGAGGCUGAAGGAAGGCAGCAACAUUAAUAAGUCUUUAACCACACUGGGGCUGGUGAUCUCGGCGCUGGCUGACCAGGGUGCAGGAAAGAACAAGACCAAGUUUGUGCCUUACAGAGACUCUGUGCUCACAUGGCUGCUUAAGGACAGUUUAGGAGGAAACAGUCGGACCGCCAUGGUGGCCACGGUGAGUCCGGCCGCCGAUAACUACGAUGAGACCCUAUCCACGCUGCGCUACGCCGACCGUGCCAAAAGCAUCGUCAACCACGCUGUCGUGAACGAGGAUCCAAACGCCAGGAUCAUCCGAGAGCUGAGGGAGGAAGUGGAGAAGCUCCGGGAUCAGCUCACACAAGCAGAGUCCAUGAAGGCUCCAGAACUGAAGGAGAGGCUGGAGGAGUCGGAGAAGUUGAUCCAGGAGAUGACGGUCACCUGGGAGGAGAAACUAAGGAUGACUGAGGAGGUUGCACAGGAGAGGCAGAAGCAGCUGGAGAGUCUGGGCAUCUCUCUGCAGUCAUCAGGGAUCCGUGUGGGAGAUGAUAAAUGCUUCCUGGUCAACCUCAACGCCGACCCCGCCCUCAAUGAACUGCUGGUUUAUUACUUAAAGGAACACACGAUGGUUGGUUCAGCAGACUCGCAGGACAUUCAGCUAUGUGGCAUGGGAAUCCAGGCGGAGCAUUGCGUCAUCAACAUCACUACAGAGGGAGCGGUUUUCAUCAAUCCCUACAAGAAUUCCCGGACUUGUGUGAACGGCUCUCCGGUCACGAGCCAGCAGCAGCUUCACCAUGGCGACCGCGUACUCUGGGGCAACAACCACUUUUUCAGAAUAAACCUUCCGAAGCGGCGUCCGCGUCCGGUGGCCGAGGAGGAGGAAGGAGAGGGGGAUAACAUGAAGAACAGCAACGAGCAGCUGGACGCAGACGGAGACACGGCCAGCGAAGUUUCCAGUGAAGUCAGCUUCAGUUACGAAUUUGCACAGACUGAGGUCAUGAUGAAGGCACUGGGGAGCAACGACCCCAUGCAGGCAGUGCUGCAGAGUCUGGAGCGACAGCAUGAGGAGGAGAAGCGCACGGCCCUGGAGCGCCAGCGGAUGAUGUAUGAGCAGGAGCUGCAGCAGCUGCGUAGGCGACUCACCCCAGAGAGGCAGAGCACACAGACCCAGCAGCACUAUCGCAGCAUGGAGAGACUCAGCCUGGGCGGGUCGUCGUCUUCUCGUCUACGCCAGUGGAGUGAGGAAAGGGAGGCGAUGCUUACGCGGAGUUUUCGGAAACUUCGGGAACAGAUAGUAAAAGCCAACCUGCUGGUGCAAGAGGCGAGCUUCAUCGCUGAGGAACUGGACAAGAAAACCGAGUACAGAGUCACUCUGCAGAUCCCUGCUGCUAACCUCAAUGCUAACAGGAAGCGUGAUGCUGUGCUGAGUGAACCUGCCAUCCAGGUCAGGCGGAAAGGUAAAGGCAAGCAGAUCUGGGCUUUGGAGAAGAUGGAGAAUAGACUGGUGGACAUGAGGGAGCUCUAUCAGGAGUUUAAGGAGUAUGACGAAGAGAAUCCUGUGAUGUGUUCGUACUUUAAAAGAGCAGACCCUUUCUUCGACGAGCAAGUCAAUCACAGUCUGAUCGGAGUGGCAAACGUCUUCCUGUCCUGCCUGUUUUAUGACGUGAAGCUGCAGUACGCUGUGCCAAUCAUUAACCAGAAAGGAGAGGUGGCAGGACGGCUACACGUGGAGGUCGUGCGUGUUGCUGGAGGUGUAGAGGACAGCAUGGCUGGAGGGGAAGACGGGGACAGCAGCCCUGACGGAGACUCGCUCGAGCGCAAACUCGUCUGUAUGAUUAAGAUCCUGCAGGCUACAGGACUCCCUCAGUACCUGUCCAACUUUGUCUUCUGUCAGUACUCAUUCUGGGACCAGGCUGAACCCAUCAUCGUGGCUCCUGAGGUCGACCCGUCCGCCUCGUCACCCAACAGCAAAGACCCACACUGCAUGGUGGUGUUCGACAGCUGUAAGGAGCUGGCUGUAGCAGUAACGGAGGAAUUCAUCGAGUAUCUAACAGAGGGAGCGCUGGCUAUUGAGGUGUUUGGUCACAGACAAGCUGAUCCAGGCAGGAACCUGGCCCUGUGGGACCUCAGCAUUAUUCAGGCCAAGACUCGCACGCUCCGUGACAGGUGGAGCGAAGUGACACGAAAACUGGAGCUAUGGGUGCAGAUCCUGGAACUGAACGAGAACGGAGAAUACAUACCCGUGGAAGUGGUGCCAGCUGGAGAUGUUCGCACAGGGGGCAUCUUUCAGCUGCGACAGGGUCAGUCUCGGCGGGUGCAGGUGGAGGUGCGAUCGGUGCAGGACUCGGGCACUAUGCCACUGAUAGCGGAGAUCGUUCUGGGUGUGUCCAUCGGCUGUGUGGAGAUCAGGCAGGCUUGUCCCGCUAGAGGAAAUAACUCCGAAAAGCCGGAAGGGGAUGAAAUUGACAGCUAUCAGGAUCGAGACCUGGAGAGGCUGAGACACCAGUGGCUGGCUGCUCUCACUAAGAGACAGCAGUACCUGGACGAGCAUCUCCAGAGUCUGGUCAGCAAAACAGAUAAAUCAGAGGAUGAUAUGGAGCGUGAGGCACAGCUGCUCGAGUGCCGGCUGACUCUCACCGAGGAGAGGAAUGCGGUGAUGGUGCCCUCUGCUGGCAGCGGCAUCCCAGGAGCUCCUGCAGAGUGGGUCCCGGUGCCUGGGAUGGAAACGCACAUUCCUGUCCUCUUCCUUGACCUAAGUGCUGAUGAUUUUAGCUCCCAAGAAAACCUGGAGAGCCCAGAAGCAGGCGGCUGGGACGCUCUACUGAGCGGAGAGGACGAGGACGACUUUUUUGAUCUGCAGAUCGUUAAGCACUACGAUGGAGAGGUGAAAGCAGAGGCCUCCUGGGACUCCACGGUUCAUGAGUGUCCUCAGCUGAGUCGAGGCGGAGCUCCAGAACAGAGGGUCUACCUCACCAUACGUGCUGUGGUGCAGCUCAGCCACCCGGCAGAGAUGCAGCUCGUCCUGCGCAAACGCAUCUGCGUGAAUCUUGCCGGACGACAGGGUUUUGCCCAGAACUUUCUAAAGAGAAUGUCCACACGGAGCACCGUGCCUGGCUGCGGGGUGACCUUCGAGGUCGUGUCCAAUAUCCCAGGGGAUGCUCAGAGCUCCGAGGACAGGGAGAUGCUCGCCCGCAUAGCCGCCAACGCCGAGAACCCCAAAUCAUCGGACAACGAGGCGGCCAUAGAGAAAUACCUGCGCAGUGUCCUGGCUGUGGAAAACAUCCUCACGCUGGAUCGCCUGAGACAGGAGGUGGCUGUGAAGGAACACUUGGCUGGUAAAGGAAAGGGGAGCAGACGGAGUCUCAGCUCGCCUAGCGUGCACAGGUUAUCUGGGAGCAGACAGGAUUUGUCUCCAAACUCGAGCCUGGAAGACAACAAGAAUCGAUGGGAAAGUCAGCAGGACAUCUUCCUGACCACUCCGCAGUUCAGCCGCACGCUUCCUCGGCCCACCAGAGAACCCACACCACCACCACAGAGCCAGAGCCCGCCUCAAACCCAGGAUCCAGAACAAGGCCUUUCAGGGCUUGCUGCUUUUUAUUUCUCCCCAGUCAAGGCUCUCGUCCCUCAGAUGCCCAAGCUGCUUAAAUCCCUUUUCCCAGCUCGUGAAGACAAGAAGGACCUUCGUCCCUCUCCACAACAGCACGUUCCUCGUAUUAUGAUGCAAACUAGCAGCAGCCCAGAUGAAAGCAGAGGUCGAGUAGAACCGGUGCCGGUGAUCGGAAGGAAUCUUGUCUGUGAAAAACCCUCAGACAGCCCUGAUGCAUCCACCUCCUCCAUGCAGGACUCUCAUGAGCUGCCCUUAAGCCCCAUCAGUGAAGCUUCCAGUGGCUAUUUCUCUACCAGCGUCUCCAUUGCAACCCUCUCUGAUGUCUCUGCUGCGUCUGGGGACCUUACCCCGAGCCCCAACACCUACGAUACAGCUCUCCGGCUCACAGAUGAAUGCGAUUGUAAAGGCGUUCCUCCUGUAGAAACGGGGCAAAAAUACGUCGAGGAACCUCAGCAGAAACUCAAAGACCUACAGUCUGCGGCUCGGAACGGCGUUCCCUGUUCUCAUGCCGAAGCAAAACUAGUAACCGUCCCUAGUUUAGUACCGAAAGCUGCUACAGAUUAUGCGUUCUCCCUCCAGAGGGUCAAGACCUCAAACCUCAGGUCAUUCAGCCCCAUCCUGCCCGAGGACGAGAAGGAGAGAGGAGGGAGAGUCAGGGCAGAGUUCAGCUCUGACAAAACAAACAGAGAAGCCGAACUCCCUCAGUGGCUCAGAGUCGGAGAAAGCGUCAUGGUUGCCAACAGUAAGUGUGGCACAGUGCGUUACGUCGGGCAAGUGGACUCCUCAGAGGGCAUCUGGGUAGGAGUGGAGCUCGACACUCCAGCAGGUAAAAACGAUGGCUCUGUAGGGGGCCGUCAGUAUUUCCGCUGCGACCCCGGUCACGGAGUCAUUGUGCGGCCAGACCGAGUGAGUCGACGCGACUCGUCUAAGCAGCACGGGGAGAACCGGCGUAGUGGAGAGUUCCUACAGGUUAAAGCCGGUUCACUUCUGACCAAUCAGAAAGCAGAGAACCGCAAAUCCUGGAGUAACUGAACGUCGUUCCUUACUCUAGGACGAAAUCGCAUUCCUGCACUUGUGCUGUAUAAAUCCCGGGUGCUUGGUUCUACACAGAGCUACAGAGUUCCCUCGUUCUCACCUCAACACCAGCGUACCUGCUCACAUGACGAGUCGCAUCUCAACACCGAAUAAACUGUACGAGUCCAAACUCUAAUCAAUCGAGAAGCCCUGUUCUCUCGGUCAUCUUUAUCCUGCCCCAAUUCUCUCGAGUCUUCUUGUAGACUCGUUUUUAUGUCAUUAGGCAUGAUUAAUAUUCUUCCUCUUUAGUCACUAAUCUGUGUGGAGCAUCCUGAAUGUGCCUUUGUGAUUCAGUUUGGUUUUUGUUUUUUUAAGUCAUUCCUUACUCCUUUAACACUAGCGAGAAAGCCUUCUGUUAGGCCGUGGUCUGAUCUCAGGGAUUGAUCCGAGUUAGCGUUUGUGUCCGAUGAAAGAAAAAGCAGGUUCUGCGUCAAAAGACGCCAAAAGUGUCGUUUAUGCGCAUAUAUAUAUAUAUAUAUAUAUAUAUAUAUAUAUAUAUAUAUAUAUAUAUAUAUAUAUAUAUAUAUAUAUAUAUAUAUAUAUAUAAUACUUGGUUUGUUCAUUUAAAGGCCUUUUCACACCAAACGGUUUCUGUAUAAUGUGCAACAAAGAAUCUUCUAGUUUUUAAAAGCUUAAUUUCACUGGAUUUUAGAUCAUUUAAGAAGCAUCACAUUGAUCGCUCAUGUCGGAGAUGUACAAUACUUAUUUUAAAAAUAAAACCUUUGUGUAUGUAUGUGGGAAAAGCACCAAGUGUUGCAUCAACUGAAGUGUUCCUUCCAUAGAUCAUCUAAUGAUCUAAUAGAUAAGAUAAACGGAAUCCUGUAAGUGAGCGUACGAGCGAGCGAGCGAGCGCUGCUGGGGAUAAGCUCCCUGCAGUUUGUCUGAGAUAUAACCCUAAUGAAGGAACAACGAACGGAGCAGGCGUGUUUUCACUUUCAUGAUGCGUCGUGUUUAGUAUGAAUAGGCCUAAAUACAGGAAGUUGUAUGUGGGAGAGGAAGAAUAAGAAGAAAGAAAAUAAUGUAGCUCAUAGGGUGGGAAGACCACUACAUACCUCAGAGCAUGUAGCAUGUAGAUCAGAGCGAUAAACCUCCAGGUAGGAUUGGCAUGUGAACGUUGGAUGAAAUGUCAGAUUACCGACACCAGUGAGAUGAUAUCUGUGGUUUAUAAAGUCGAGUCUUCCACGAGGAGCUUCGGAUUCAGCGAACACGCCACGUGAGACGAUAAGAGGACGGAGCAAAUCCUGGCAGUUCCUGAGGCUACGCUGUAUUCAUUUGUGUGAAGCGAAAGGGAACGAACUUCAAAUUCUCAUUCCAAGAGAAAGUAUUAAAUGUUUUGCCCCUAUUACGCAGUCGGAGAUGCACGUACUUCAGUAUGAAGAGCACGAACGAGUUCUUGCACAUGGGAGCAGACCAGAGAGAUGGGUUAUACCAUUGCAUUUUAAUCCUUACUCAGUGUUCACACUAGCACGCCGUUAGCGAUCUAGCUAGCCGUACUAGCGACGCAUCCAACCAUCAUCGAUCUCGGCCGUUUUCUUCCAAGCUUUAGUUUUCUUCUUAGUGUCUAUAUAUGCAUUUAUUAAGAGGUUCUACAAGUAAAGAGAAGAUGAAACGACAGUUCGGGGAAUCGUGCAAGCAAGUCGUUCGGAUUUGUCGCUUCACUUCGGCUUUAGCGUGAAAUUGACAAAAUGUCACUUUGUCACUUGUUGGUGUGAACGCAGGGUGAACGUCUUUAAUGUGAUUUCUGAAAUCGAAUGCAAUAUUGAUUUUAUUAAAGUAUAUUUUAAUGAUUUA